GGCACUCUUUCUCUCUCCCCUUCAUUUUCUCUCUCUAUAUCCUGCUUCUUCGUCUUGUCAGAGAAGCGAAGAAGAAGGACCCUGUAAAAAGCCAGGCCGCCAGUCUUUGAAUCAACGAAGAACCAGAAGAGAGGGAGAGAGAACUGAUUCUUCCUUCUCUUUUCCUUUUUCUUCUGAUAUCUCCUUUUUUCUCGUUCAAUCCGUUUACUGGACGACGGAGGCGCCUUUCCCGCCGCCGCCGUGAGGUACUAUUGCUGAUAUACUAACUCCUGCGAUCUUUUCCGUUUUGGUUUUCCGCUCUCCGCCGGAGGUAAGGUUUCUCCGGGGAUUUCAUGGAAAUUGUGAACACGGAGACUGGUAGGGGAGAAUCGGUAUUGGAUUUUGGGCGUUUCUGGAAGAUAUGGCGGGGGAGAGCUCCUGGACGUUUUCUUUUUGCGUUCGCUUUUAAUUAUUGUUUUCUUGUGGCCGCUCCCAAUUGAUUGUAAUUGGACCUGAAAUGGCGGAGGAAACAGGUGGUAUUUUUAGCGUGUGGAGAACAAUUGAAUGCGAAAUUCGCAAAGUAGAAUUGAUUUCUUUCCCCCCCUUAAAUUGCGAAAGAGGAAACGCUUUGCGUCCUUUGUUUUUUUUUUUUGGGUGUAAGGCAAAGUUUUCCCUUCGUUUCAUUCGCUGCAUGUUCAUUCUUCUCCUUUCGUUUCCCGCUCCUUGCAUGAUCAACCGCGAUGCGAUUGUUGUUCAGAACCCAGGUCCUUAAAAUCAGUCCCACUUUGUGAAUUGAAUAUGGUUGUCUUUUGAUGAUGAUGAUGAUGAUCCUUUCCCUUUUAGUGGGGGUUUCUUCUGUUUCCUCGCGUUGUCAAUGUGUACCCGUCUUUGGAAUUUUAGUGGGUUUUUGUUUGGAUAUGCUUUUCUUCUCCUAGGAGACCUUUGAUACCGAUGUUGUGAAUGUUUUCAUUUCAUGGCUUUUUUCUGGUUUGCUGGAAUGAUGUAUGAUCAUUUCGGGUUCUCUUCUCUUCUCUUUCCGUAUAAUUUUCCUGCUCGAUGAUCAUCUUCUCUUGCGGCACAUGAUCUAGGAGAGUGUCUGGUUGAUGGUUAUGGUGGUCUUUUCCGAAUUGGGAAACUUGGAAACUUUUUCUAAGAUGUUGUUCUCCUGUGAAUAAUACUCUUUUUGGAUUGAUCACUUUUGUAGGAAAUACGUGAUUCAUGGAUGAGUACUCUGGUAAGAGAGGGCCGGAUGGCCUCUUGGUCUCCAGGAAAGGAUCUUCAUUGGUUCUACGAGAUACUGGCAAUAACAAAGACCAGAACGGUCAAUUCUGCAAUCGGAUAGGGUGCAGUGGCAGAUUAAACGCUGCUAAAGGUACUACUCAAAUCAACUACACUGGCAAACCCCAAUCUUCAAGGUCAUCGAUUCGACCUUCCUCAAGUGGCAAGGAAAUUGCUGGGAGUUCCUCUAGGAAUUAUUCAGCCGUUAACAAUAGCACUAGGAAAUCGCUGCCGGAAUGUCGGAAAAAAGUCUCUUCUCGGGUAGAACCUGAUUCUUCUUCUGAGAGCGCUGGCAUUCAGGGCGACCCUGAUGUUCCAGAACUCGAAACUCCCUCAAGAAAGCUUCAUAAGGGUAACAAGUCCUCUUCUGCUGAAGCUCACACUAGUGUGAUUGCAUCCUCUACACAAGUGGGAAGCUCUAGUUUAGCAUCCAGUACAAUGUCCCAUGGAGAUUUUCCUCAGAGGUCAAUAUUAGGCCAUCCACAUACUCUAGCAAGCUCUUCCAGCUCACUACCAUUGAAGAACCUAGUCCAAGGAAAACGUUCGAAUGUGGGCAGGAAUGGUCUAAGAAAUUUUAGGUGCAAUUCAGUAUCGGAUGUUGUCUCUUCAGGUUCAUCUUCAUCUUCAGAGAUGAGCCUUACCAAAAGAAAGGACCCGGUGAAGAAAAGAGUCUGUCAUGGAGAGAGUAGUAACUCCUCUGUCAAGGGUAAAAAGAUGGCUAGCUCCCUUCCAGAAGGGCGGAGUUCUUCUCUUCCUACUUCUGGUAUUUCCAUUUCCGAUUCUAGAAGAGCCAGAACUGUGCCUCCUAUUAGGGAUAAUCCUGUUUCAUCUGUUAGGACUAGAAGAUCAGUAACUGGUUUCAAUUACAAUAGACCCCAAGGGACUAGAAACAGUUUAGCUCUCACUGAGGCCCAUACUUUGGUCCCACAAGUUCCGCAACAUGACAUGAGUAUUGACCUCAGUAGCCCUACUACUUCAUCACAUCAGUUCUUUAUGGAACCUUCCCUAGGCCGCCCUUCAUAUAGUCGGCCUGGUAGUAGCAGUGCAAGUUCGAGGGGUGUUAGGCCAUCUAGUCCUAUUGCAGAAAUCAGCAACAUGAGAUCCUUACUGAACAGGGAGAGUUUCAGACGCUACAACAUGGAUGGAAUUGCUGAGGUACUGUUGGCUCUUGAGAGGAUUGAACAGGAUGAAGAGCUGACAUAUGAGCAAUUGCUUGUUCUGGAGACCAAUUUGUUUCUUAGCGGGCUGAACUUCCAUGACCAGCACCGUGAUAUGCGACUGGACAUAGAUAAUAUGUCUUACGAGGAAUUGUUAGCUUUGGAAGAGAGAAUGGGUACUGUGAGCACAGCAGUGAAGGAGGACGAACUGUCAGAUUGCCUUAAGACAAGCAUCUAUCAGUUGGUAUCCAUGGAUGGUGAAUCUAGGAACCUUAGUACAGAUAUGGAAGAUAUUAAAUGCAGCAUUUGCCAGGAGGAGUAUGGAGAUGGAGAUGAACUGGGACGGUUACGAUGUGAACACGAGUAUCAUUUGAACUGCGUACAUCAAUGGUUGAGGCUGAAGAACUGGUGCCCGGUUUGCAAGGCACCAGCAGUUGUGCCCACCGAGCCUGCAUCUCCUUCGUCUCCCUCGUCGUCAUUACUUUGAUGAUUCUUAAUGACUUUUCUUCAUUUUGUACAAAAAAUUCGUCUUUUGGGUCGCUUUUCUACCCUUCUUCUCCCCUCUGAUAAAAGAUUUCAAGUUUCUUGGUUUUUGGUUUCUGGGUUUUGGUGUACAUAGGGAGAUAUUGUGGUGAUUUUGAUAGACUAAUAAGUUGUGGCAAUUCAUUGCUCAACAAUUGAUAUAAUGAAAAAGGGAAAAAUGGAAAUGCUUCUAUUUUUUGUCUUUAGUUCUUUCUAACUACAGAUUCAAG